AGGCGGCACCAGGAAGCACCCGCCCCGGCCGGAGCCGCCAUGUAACCGGCGCCGCCCGGAGCCCCAGCCGCGCGGGCCCCAGCGACCCGCCCGCCAUGGGAGACGAGGAUGAGGACGAGGGCUGCGCCGUGGAGCUGCAGAUCACCGAAGCCAACCUGACCGGGCAUGAGGAGAAGGUGAGCGUGGAGAACUUCGCGCUGCUCAAGGUGCUGGGCACGGGAGCCUACGGGAAGGUGUUCCUGGUGCGGAAGGCGGGUGGGCACGAUGCGGGCAAGCUCUAUGCCAUGAAGGUGCUACGCAAGGCGGCGUUGGUGCAGCGCGCCAAGACGCAGGAGCAUACCCGCACCGAACGCUCCGUGCUGGAGCUGGUGCGCCAGGCACCCUUCCUGGUCACACUGCACUACGCCUUCCAGACGGAUGCCAAGCUGCACCUCAUCCUGGACUACGUGAGUGGUGGGGAGAUGUUCACUCACCUCUACCAGCGCCAGUACUUCAAGGAGGCUGAAGUGCGGGUGUACGGGGGAGAGAUUGUGCUGGCCUUGGAACACCUGCACAAGCUGGGCAUCAUCUACCGGGACCUGAAGCUGGAGAACGUCUUACUCGACUCGGAAGGUCACAUUGUCCUCACAGACUUUGGGCUGAGCAAGGAGUUCCUGACGGAGGAGAAAGAGCGGACCUUCUCCUUCUGUGGCACAAUAGAGUACAUGGCACCCGAAAUCAUCCGAAGCAAGGCUGGCCAUGGCAAGGCUGUGGACUGGUGGAGCCUGGGUAUCCUGCUCUUCGAGCUGCUGACAGGGGCCUCACCCUUCACACUGGAGGGCGAGAAGAACACUCAGGCCGAGGUGUCUCGACGGAUCUUGAAGUGCUCCCCUCCCUUCCCCCUCCGGAUUGGGCCUGUGGCACAGGACCUGCUACAGCGGCUGCUGUGCAAGGACCCUAAGAAGAGGUUGGGCGCAGGUCCCCAGGGUGCACAGGAAGUCAAGAGUCACCCCUUUUUCCAGGGUCUGGAUUGGGUAGCUCUGGCUGCCAGAAAGAUCCCAGCCCCAUUCCGGCCCCAGAUCCGCUCAGAGCUGGACGUGGGGAAUUUUGCAGAGGAGUUCACUCGGCUGGAGCCUGUCUACUCGCCUGCUGGCAGCCCUCCACCCGGGGACCCUCGCAUCUUUCAGGGAUACUCCUUCGUGGCUCCAUCCAUCCUCUUUGACCAUAACAACGCAGUGAUGGCUGACGUGCUGGAGGCGUCUGGUGCUGGAUGCAGGCCCGGCAGGGCGGCAGUUGCCAGGAGCGCCAUGAUGCAGGACUCGCCUUUCUUCCAGCAGUAUGAGCUGGACCUUCGCGAGCCAGCGCUGGGGCAGGGCAGCUUCUCUGUGUGUCGGAGAUGUCGCCAGCGCCAGAGCGGCCAGGAAUUUGCUGUCAAGAUCCUCAGCCGCAGGCUGGAGGAGAACACGCAGCGAGAGGUGGCUGCCCUUCGCCUGUGCCAGUCACACCCCAACGUGGUGAACCUGCAUGAGGUGCUUCAUGACCAGUUACACACUUACCUGGUCCUGGAGUUGCUGCGGGGCGGGGAGCUGCUGGAGCACAUCCGCAAGAAGCGGCUCUUCAGUGAGUCUGAGGCCAGCCAGAUCCUUCGGAGCUUGGUGUCGGCAGUGAGCUUCAUGCACGAGGAGGCGGGCGUGGUGCACCGCGACCUGAAACCCGAGAACAUCCUGUACGCAGACGACACUCCCGGGGCCCCGGUGAAGAUCAUCGACUUCGGGUUCGCGAGACUGCGGCCUCAGAGCCCCGCGGGACCCAUGCAGACACCUUGCUUCACCCUGCAGUACGCUGCACCCGAGCUGCUGGCACAACAGGGCUACGACGAGUCCUGCGAUCUUUGGAGUCUGGGUGUCAUUCUGUACAUGAUGCUGUCUGGCCAGGUUCCCUUCCAAGGGGCCUCCGGCCAGGGCGGACAGAGCCAGGCAGCUGAGAUCAUGUGCAAGAUCCGUGAAGGGCGCUUCUCACUGGACGGGGAAGCCUGGCAAGGUGUGUCGGAGGAAGCCAAGGAGCUGGUCCGAGGACUCCUGACAGUGGACCCCGCCAAACGGCUGAAGCUGGAGGGGCUGCGUAGCAGCUCGUGGCUUCAGGACGGCAGCGCGCGCUCCUCGCCCCCGCUCCGCACGCCGGAUGUGCUGGAGUCCUCUGGGCCAGCGGUGCGCUCCGGGCUCAAUGCCACUUUCAUGGCGUUCAACCGAGGCAAGCGCGAGGGCUUCUUUCUGAAGAGUGUGGAGAAUGCGCCUCUGGCCAAGAGGCGCAAGCAGAAGCUCCGAAGCGCGGCCGCCUCCCGCCGCGGCUCCCCAGUGCCUGCCUCCCCCGGUCGUCUACCAGCCUCUGCCGCCAAGGGGACAACUCGCCGAGCCAAUGGCCCCUUGUCCCCUUCCUAGCUCCCGCCACUGUGACCCCCUUCCCUUUAGGAGCUCUGACCCGGGAGCCUGGUGCUGCCACCAGACUUUUGCCAGCGGCUCCCACUCUGAGACCCAGGAAUUGCCCUCCCCUCCACACCCACUUCCAGACAGAGCAGAAGUAUUUUUAUAAGCAGAGAUUUUUUAAAAAAUGUCUUACCAGAUAAGAGUUGGGGACACAGGGAAGCAACUGUUGUGAGCAAAGUGGGGCUUGGGGCUCCCCCCCCCCCCCACUCUGGAUGCUGCCUCACCAGGAGAGAGAAGGCCCCUUCCAGGGGCAACUCUGCCAAGAAAGGGCAUCCUAUCCUGUCCCUAAGUACGCAGUUGCCAUGGCGAAGAAAUCAGGAGCCCCUAUCCUGUGCUUCCCUGGGACUUUGCCCCUCGGAGGGGACACCCAUCAAUGUCACUUUAUGGACCGCGUGCAAUGAUGUCCACCAAAGACCUGUGUUGGGAAUGAGAGAGAGACCCUGGGGGACCUCUGGAGCAUUUCUGAGAUACAUCACUUUUAUGUCACCGGCUUCUCCCCUAGUGGGGCUGAGGAAGGAGGCGGGUGCUCUCCCAGGGGAGCCCCUUUCUCACUCACCCAUUCCUCAUGGGCACAGCUGCUUCUAGCUGCAGGUGGAGCCUUGGGGUUCUGGGCCCGGCAUCCACAGUCACUGCCCCAGCCCCUCUAGGCUGUGCCUUUGACUUUAAAAUAAAAUUCCAUCCAGUGCUGCA